AUGCAUAGAAGUCGUACAGCAGACGCUCUGCUCGCACAAAUAGCUAUCGAGCGGGAGCUAGAUGUGGUCAUCAUCAGCGAGCAGUACGGACGGAUUGCCAAGGGAACCUGGUUCGAAGACGAAAUAGUAACUGCCGCACUCUGGAUACCAAGCGGUAGCGCAGCCGCCGUCACACAGCACGGAGCCGUUCGUUGCUACACAUACCUUCAAAAUAAACGCUUCACAAUGCCAAGCUGCUACCUUACCCCCAGCGAUAGUAUUGAACAGUUUAGAACGAAGCUGGACCUAAUUGAGGAUAAGGUUCGCGAAAUAGGUGACCCCUUCAUCGUAGCCGGAGACUUCAACGCCAAGGCUGUUGAGUGGGGCGCCCCUACUACGAACACACGGGGAAGACAUGUACUAGACAUGGCUGCCAGACUGGGGCUUGUAGUGGCAAACACAGGAAACGCCACUACUUUUAGGAGACCAGGAUGUGAACACACCACGCCGGAUAUCAUCCUAGUGACUGAUAGUCUGGCUGGAGCAAUCAACGGGUGGGAAGUUAUGGAAGAAUAUACUAGAAGUAACCAUCAGUGUAUCACAUUCCGAAUCAGCGCGAGAACAGACCCUACCACAACUCCUAUAACAAAGAGCGCUCGCAAUUGGAACAUAGCCAAAGUGAAGCGUUCCUAG